AGAUGAAUUAUGAGGCGGAGCGAGCGAUGAGCCAAAAGCGGUUGCGGAUGGAGGAGCCGGGACACGGAGUCGUGCAAGGGAACGGUUUGCCGCUCAAUUACAUCGAUAAUGGUCAUCAAAUACCGUACCAGCCGUACGCAGGGGCUUAUAAUACGCACUACCCGCCUCCAGACGCGUUUGCGGCGUACGGGCCUCCGCCUCCUGGGGGCUAUGCCCCCCAGAAUCUGUCAUACGCUCCACCAGCUCACCAGAACUAUCCACAUCACCAGACUUUUCCCCAGCAGCCUCAGGCUCAAUUGCACAUGGCUCAAACUCAUAUGGUACAAGGCUAUGGGGAUGUAGUAGUACAUAAAGCAGCAUGGCCACCACAGCCACAUUUGUUGCCUCCUUUGGAUACACAAAAGCCACUAGAUGUCAAGCAACUAAAACCUGAGAUCAAACUAGAGCCAACCGAUGCACAAAAACGACCGCACCCUGAAGAGAUGAUGGGAGGAGAUUUGGAUCAACCGAAAAUAAAGAUAAAGACGGAUAUAUUUAAACCUGACGAUCAUAGAACUGAUGUGGACAAAGCUCGCAGUUCUCUAAACAGGAAUUGGUUGGUUUCAGAUGCCUCCCAAAAACCAAUGGACGCUGCCCAAAAGCCUAUUCAAUUACAAAAUAAAGAUGAAGGACAACCGAAUAUUGAGAAACCCUGUGAGAAACCAGCAGAUGCUAAACCUGAAGGCUCUGUCGAAAAAGUCUGCGAGUUGCCGCGCCCCGUGGAUGCCUGCGUCACGCCGGAAAAGAGCCAAGAGGAGAAAAAGCCAUUCAACAGUCCGGACGUUUCGAAACCAGGCGUCAUUAAAGUGUCCACACCUGGUUCAGAGCCGAAGAAACGUGGCCGACCAAAAGGUUCAACGAACAAGCCGAAGCCCCCCGGCAUGACCCCCACAAAACUGUCUCCCAACAUGCCUGGCGCCGUGGCACAAAUGCGUGGUGCGGCCCCGCGGCCCGCGCCAGUCGUCGCGAGGCCUCGGGCCACGGGCUACCAGUAUGCCAUACGGCCCUUUAGGAAGGACUUCUCAGGGAUACAGUUUAGAAGGCGAUGGAGCGACGACUGCCUGGAGUCGUCACACAUCCCCAACGAGGUGUACUUCGGCGACGUGCCCGUGGCCACCGAGGUGCUGUUCAACUACUACGACGCCAACGCCGAGCGCGAGCGGCUGGCGGCGCAGGCGGCGCAGAUCGCGGCGCAGAAGGCCGCCGCCGCCAAGCUGGCCGCCGCCAAGCUGCAGGCCCGGGGCAUCCUCACCAGCGAGGUGACGACGGUGGACUCUUCAUCGUCGGACGAAAGCGACUCUGAAGGCAGCGAUUCGGACGACACUGACGAGGACGCGCCCCUGAAGAAGGGCCCCGGGCGGCCGAAGGUGCCCAAGUCCCCCUCUCUGGCGGCCACCCCGGGCAAGCGCGGCCGGCCGCCCGUGCCGCCCGAGCUGCGCGAGCCGGGCAUCACCGACAUGAAGAAGUUCUGCAAGGCCGCGGGCAUCCGCUUCGACUACAAGAAGCUGGUGGAAGGUUGCACGAAGAACAAAGAGCGCGUAGGCAAAAUGAUGGAACUUUUAGUCCAAGCGGGGCUCGAGGGAAAACCCACGCUGGAGAAAUGCAAGGCGCUGAAACAGGCCAAGCUAGACAAGAAGGAACAGGCCAAACAGGCGAAGAAGGAAGCUAAGGUCAAGAAGGAGGAAGAAGAGACGGAGACGAGCGUGUCGCGGCGCAUGACGCGCGGCGCGACGGGCGUGAAGCCGCGCCAGCGCAUCGUCAUCUCGUCGGACGAGGAGGACGACACGCCCGCUACCCGCCGCACGCUCUCCAAGCUGCGUUCCAGCGUCAACGACGACUCCGACUCCGACUAGGUGAUCGCAAACUCGGCCUAGUGCGAGCAAAAGACAAUACAAUAAGUGUACACGACGCAAGACACUUGAGGACAGAUGAUUGAUCCUCGGGCGGUAUCGAAGUGCUACAGUAUGUACGGCUGUUAUGUUGGUGAAGCUAUUAUUUGCUUUCCUACUUUUAAGUUCUGCCGCUGCAGUACAGAAAGUCACUGUUCAAUUGUAAAUGUUAUUGAGUACAUCACUAAGAAGAAUAUUAUAAGUUUAUUUUUAAUUUAGCGCCACACCUGCCGAAAUUCAACCGUGUACUAUUUAUUUCCUGAUGAGAUCUGAGAUCGUGCUCCGAUUGGGCGCACUGACAUUUUUAAUUGAUAUGAAAUUUUCGGUACCCUACAUGAAAUAGUAUAAUUUCCCUUCUACGUUUUUGUAACUCGAAACUGUUAGUGAUUUUCUGUACAAAGAGCGUAAAACUGUUUCCCAUUUCUAAACCUAAAUUACUUUGACAGGUAUAAAAUUACAGGCUUUUCUUUAAAAACUUGCAAUGAGUGACAAGGACAGUGGUAAUUUUACACCUCUCAAAGAAAUUUAUAACUGUGAACACACCAAACGAAUGUUCCACUUUGGUUUGAACUAAUAUACUCUGUGUUUUGAAACAAACAAUGCAAAAGAGUGAAAUUUAUUUAUAAGUUCGAUGAUAGACUAGAAGCUCAUGGUGAAUUUUACAACAUGGACCUAUACAACUUUAG